UCACGAAAUGAGAUCACCAAGAAGAAAACAAAGAGUCAAACAAAAACAAAACACAAGAUCAAAUCCAUCAUCACUCUCUGUCUAACACUAAGAGUAACACCUCAUCGUCUCUGAUUUCUGAUUCUUUCUUCAUUAAUCAACACCUCAUCUCAUCACCAGUGAUUUGAUUACACAUUGAAAAGCGAACCAGCUGAGUUUUAAUUAUCGAUUCAAUGGUUGUUGUUUAUAAAAUAGGAGGAACUGUAACAAUGGCUAAACAAUUGAUUACAAUCAAUACUAAUAGAACAGAUCGUUGUUAUUCAAUCUCUUGUUCUUCUUCUUCUUCAUCUUCAGAUCUUUCUUUUGAUUAUACAAGUAUGUCUCAGAGAAUAAGUACUAGUACUACUCGGAAAGGCGAUCUUGUGUUCGUUGUCAAUCCCAAAGGUGCUAAUGGAAGAACUGGUAAGGAAUGGAAGAAAUUAUUGCCUUAUUUGAGGACCCAUCUUGGUCAACAUCGAAAUAUUUGUGAAUGUUUGACCUCAGCUCCUUCUCAUGCCAUUGACAUUACAAGGGAGGCUAUACGGGAGGGAGCUGAUGCUGUGGUUGCAGUUGGAGGUGAUGGUACUCUUCACGAGGUUAUAAAUGGCUUUUUCUGGGAUGGAAAACCUGUUUCAGCUCAUGGCGAGGGGAAUACUCAUACAACUGCACUUGGCGUUAUUCCACUAGGUACUGGAUCUGAUUUUGCCAGAACGUUUGGCUGGAAAAAUGACCCACAUGAAGCCGUGCAACGAAUAUCUAGAGGUUUAAGAACUAGAAUAGAUAUUGGGGCUGUUAGUGGUGAAAGAGGUGAACCUCAUUACUUCCUAAAUGUUGCUGACGUUCACCUGAGUGCAAAGGCUGGAUAUUAUGCAUCAAAGUACAAACAAUUUGGGAACCUUUGCUAUGUUAUUGGUGCAUUGAGGGGCUUUAUGGGGCACAAUAAUCAGGACCUCAGGAUCAAGGUCAAUGGGGGCGACUGGGAAAUAAUUCCUCAAGUAACAGCCCUCUGCGUGGGAAAUGCGAAGUUCUUUGGUGGUGGCAUGAAGAUAACACCUAAUGCUGACCCUUGUAAUGGAAAUCUUGAGGUUGUGAUUCUUCAGAACUUCAAAUGGUAUGAUUUCAUCUUUAGAAUGCAUAAGCUAUACAAUGGAACGCACUUAUCAGUGCAAAACGUUUCUUCUAGAAGUGUACAGUCCAUCGAAGUCAAGGAAAUUACUGGCGAUAGUAGUAUUUUUGUGCAAGCUGAUGGGGAACAUCAAGGAUUUCUUCCAAGGAAGUUUUACAUUUUACCUUCUGCAAUAGAGCUAAUACACUAAUUUCCGAAAACUGCUUUUAUGGCUUCGCAGCGAGUCAAUCGUUUUUUUAUGUUGCUUCCCACAAGGAACCCGCAGUUGUGCCAUGAGAUGCCGCCUCUCUUUUUUAGUUCUAAAGUUUAAGAAGGGGCAUCUAAAUUUUGUAAUUUGAGCUGAAAUAAAAUUAUGCAAAGACUCAUCACUGCUUCAUUUCU